AUGAGAAGUCUCAUCGGGAACAGCAUCGCACAUAUUGAUCAAGACGCAUUCAGAGGUCUCUAUAAUUUACAACUCUUGAUCCUUCAAGUUAACAGUUUAACCGAGUUCCCUACCGAGCCUUUAAGACUGGUGUCCCACAGCCUUAAAUCUAUACUAUUAGAUGACAAUGCCCUCAGUAAUCUGACGGAUGACGCUCUCAUUACGAUCCCAGACAUCCACCAUCUUUCCCUGGAUAGCAACCACCUCUCUCAAGUGCCAGAGGGCGCCCUCCAAGCCACGUCCAAACUUCAGUACCUCUCUUUGGCCAACAAUAACAUCCGCCAGCUCCGCCCCUAUGCCUUCAUCAGCAACCCCAGACUGGAAACAUUGAAUCUUGCUAAAAACAAGAUAAGCUACAUCCCGGAUCAUGCUUUCUUCGGCCUUCGCCAGCUUGCUGAACUGCAUCUCAAUAAUAAUCCCAUCAGGGGAGUUGGGACCAAGGCUUUUACCAACCUUUCCGCUCUUACCGUCCUAGCCAUAUCAGAUGCUAAAAACCUUCAAGAAUUUCCAGAUCUAAACGGGACAUUUAACCUACAAGAAAUAACCCUAAACCGAUGCAAUAUCAGACAUCUACCAGAAGAUUUGUGCACUCAUAUGAAAAGUCUCCGUAAAAUUGACUUCCACUCUAAUCAGAUCAGCAUGAUUCCAGAUCUUUCGGGAUGCACCCAACUGGGAAUGAUUGAUCUGAAAGUUAAUCAGAUAACCUCGCUGAGGGGUCAACCUUUCUUCUCCCUUUUCCAUCUUCUCGACCUGACUCUCAAAUCAAAUCUCAUCCAGGCUAUUCCUCAAGAUGCUUUCCUUGGGCUCGAAAAUCUGAACUACUUAGAUCUUAGUGAUAACAGGAUCACAGCCAUACAUCCACAGGCAUUUGUAUCGGUUGGAAAACUUGAACAUCUCAAUCUCGUCAGCAACAUGUUCCCAACCCUGCCGCACGAGGGCCUGACAUCCUUGAUCACCCUUCAGACGACAGAAAAUAAAUACCUCUUGGACAUCCCGCCCCCGGAUUCACUGCCCCGCAUCCAACACAUUGUAACAUCCUACGGGUACCACUGCUGCCUCUAUCUUGGACUGGAUAGGGUAGAGCGCCCUCCAAUGACUGAGACUAUCACAUGGUCAUCGAGGUCCCACUUCCCAGGGUCGGACCAUUUCUCAGAUGACGACAACAGUAGCUGGUUUUCAAGCGUCGCGAUGAUGGAGACUCCCUCCGUCCGGCGAAGCUCUCACUAUGACAACUCAGAUUACUGGCAGUCGAGCCUAGAUAUACCAGACAGUUACUACAUGCACGAUGCAGGGAGUGCCGUCUUCAUCCAGCCGAGUUAUAAUAUCUCAUGUAAACCUCUGCCAGGUCCAUUUCUCCCAUGCAAGGAUCUCUUUGGUUCAUGGUUUCUCAGAGUGAGCGUCUGGUUCGUCUUCCUUCUCGCUAUCAUCGGUAACGCCACCGUCAUCAUUGUCAUCUUUCUCUCUCACUCCAAGAUGGAUGUCCCUCGGUUCCUCAUCUGUAACCUAGCCAGUGCAGACUUCGCCAUGGGGUUGUACCUCAGUAUCCUCGCGAGCAAGGAUGCGGCGAGCCUCGGUGUGUUCCGCCAGUCUGCUGUCCAGUGGCAGCUGGGGAAUGGAUGCAGGGUGGCUGGUUUCCUGGCUGUGUUCUCCUCCGAGCUCUCGAUAUACACCCUGACGACCAUCACCUUAGAGAGGUUCUAUGCCAUAAAGCAUGCUAUGCAUCUGGAGAAGAGGUUGAAGUUAAGACGGGCAAUCAUCAUCAUGGCUAUUGGAUGGAUUUUCGCAAUCACCAUCGCGACCUUGCCGCUCUUGAAGUAUGGCAUCAAUCACUACAGAUACGCCGUUUGCCUUCCAGUGAAGGUCGAUGAUACUAAGUCUUUGAUUUACGUUGCGACUAUAAUGAUUUCAAACGGAUUAGCCUUUGUAAUCAUCCUGCUUUGCUAUACCAGCAUCUAUUGCUCCAUUCAGGGAUCCCAUGCCUGGAACUCCAAUGAUUCCCGGGUGGCCCGUAGAAUGUCGCUGCUGGUUUUUACAGACUUUGUGUGCUGGGCACCAUUUGCCAUAUUUGCUUUAGCAUCUGCCUUUGGCAAGGACUUGAUCCCGCUGGCAGGAUCGAAGGUCCUUAUUGUUUUUGUACUCCCUGUUAACUCUUGUGCCAACCCUUUUCUGUACACCCUCCUGACAAAGCAGUUCAAGAAAGAUUGCAGGACAAUCUGGAGAAGGUUUGCCACCCAUACAGUCCUGCGCAGAAGAUCCUUACGGUCUGCAGCAACCAUAAGCCUUGGUCGACAGCUUCAGGCCAGUAACACAAUGCAGACUGUUCGAACUCCGUUCCAGCAAACGUCAGUAAGCCAGGAAGGCAUUCUAGGAGAUUACAACGGAGUUGUAGGCGGAGACCGGACCACAACCAAUGAAAUCUUGGAGACAUCCACAACAAUCCCAGGAAACUCUGUGGUUCAUAGACCAUCCUUUCAGUACCAGUUAAGCAGCGACUCUUUCGGUAACAUGCUUUCUCCUGACAUGAGCAUCUCAGAUCAAGACCAAUCCAGGAGAGGAUCUGGUUCACCCUUGAUUGAUAGGCUUCGUAACGGCAAGCCAUGUUCCCCAAAGAAGGUUCAGACAGGUUGGACAAGGUUCUCACUCCGUCGGAAACUUCCUUUCUUGAGAAGGUCAGAACGAGGAAAGGAUGUGUCAAUGACUGUCGCUAAUCAUGACAGGACAAACUACCUCCAGAAUCACACCAGGAGGAAAUCGUCAGUAGAUGUCAUCAAACAGAAGCGGUUGGAUGAUUUGAUAGAGCGAAGUCAGGAGGUUUCACCGGGCCCAUCCCCUCUUCGGGGUCAAGAAUUCUUUACGAGUCCCAACAUGAAUGAGAACAACGACAACACGGACAGUUUCAAUGAUGCCUCAAGCUACCAUACUGCUUUUUGCGAGAGUCCAGCCAGAACUGCCACAAACACCAAACUGUCUUUCUCUCGCCGCAGUACAGUGGAAGAGGCCGAAAUGUGCCAACUUAUGGAAUCAAAAAGCUCACAAAGGAGUUCAUGUACUCCACACAUCAAUAAUGAGCCGGACGAAUCAAGCAAAUUCAUCAAAAGCUUUUGCACCGAAGAACUUCAAAAUGUGGACCUCGGUGAUGAUCUAGGUGAGGACAUCGUCACGAAAAGCAAUGACGAAGAUAUAAACCUGACAGGGGGCACCCAAAGUUCAGACACAGCGAACUUGCGCCAUUGGCAUCAACCCAACCAAGGCCCUAUCCCUAGUAUAACCAUUGAACACCUCUCUCCAGCUCAUUCCCAACGGGUCCUUAACCAAAGUAACGUUCUCGAUGAGGAUUUAACUAAAGAUAAACAAGAACCAAUGCUGCAGAUAUUGGGAGCCUUCGAGACCAGACAUAUUGGACCAAAGGAGAGCACUGUCUGAAGAUAACUUUUUUUGAAGAUUUAUGUGGUAUUAUAUUAUAUGCUUUUUAAAGACAGAUUUUUUUAAGUUUCAAAAUGUUACAAAGGUGAAAGACAAUCAUUGCCAUCCUCAAUGGACCUUAGUAAUCAAUUCUCCUUUUAAAGAUAACUUUUUUUUCUUACGAUUUAUAUGGUAUCAAAUUAUAUGUUUGUCAUUUUUAGCUCAAUCCGGCCCGAAGGGCCAAAUGAGUUUAUACCGUGGUGUGGCGUCCGUCGUCUGUCGUCCGUCCACAAUUUUAAAAUGCUUCUUCUUCGUCAUUUCAAGUCCGAUUUAAAUUCUGUUUGCUUUGUAUGAUAGCACUAGGUGGGGGAUUCAAAACUUCUACACAGAAUUUUGAAACACAUUAAAUAUGCUAAUUUAUGCGCAUUUUUCAAAAUUGUAAAAAAAUGUUUCUUCUUCUUUAUUUGUUGACUGAUUUUGAUUUUUUGUCUUUCAUCUGGUAGAGCUUAAUGGGGUCCCCCAAACUUCUACACAGAAUUUUGAGUAGAAAAUUAUUUAUGCUAGUUUAUGCGAAAUUCAUAACUCACAGAAAAUGCCUCAUCUUCUUUAUUUGUUGACCGAAUUUCAAAAUGCUUCUUGUUCUUAAUUUAAGUCCGAUUUCAAUUCCGUUUGCUCUAUAUGAUAGCAUUAGGCGGGGGAUUGAAAACUUCUACACAGAAUUUUGAAACUCAUUAAAUAUGCUAAUUUAUGUGCAUUUUUCAAAAUUCACAAAAAAUGCUACUUCUUCUUUCUUUGUGGACCGAUUUUGUUUUUUGUGCUUCCAUCUGGUAUAACUUCAUGAGGUUCACCAAACUUCUACACAGAAUUUUGUACAGAACAAUUUUUAUGCUAAUUUAUGCGUAUUUUUAAAAAUUCACAUAAAAUGCUUCUUCUUUAUAUGUUGACCGAUUUUGAUUAUUUCCUUCCAUCUGGUAGAGCUUCAUGAGGUUCACCAAACUUCUGCACAGAGUUUGAAAUUUUGAGAAGAAAAUCAUUUAUGCUUAUUUUUGCGAAAUUUAAUGCUUUUUCUUCUUUAUUUGUUGACCAAUUUUUUUUUAUCCAUCUGGUAGAGCUACAUGAGGGUCACUUAAUUUCCACACAGAAUUUUGAAAUUUUGACUAGAAAAUUAUUUAUGAUAAUUUAUGCAAAAUUUAUUCAUAAAUCACAAAAAUGCUUUUUCUCCUUCAUUUGUUGUUCAAUUUCAAUUUUGUUUCCUGUAUAUGAAAGGUUUUAGUCGGGGAUACAAAAUUUCAACACAGAAUUUUGAAACUCAUUAGAUAUACUAAUUUAUGCAUAUA